AUGCAACAGUGCAGUUGUGAUGAUUUUGGAACAACGCAGCCCACUAUCAGCCGUGCAAUAUCACAGACAAUUGAUGCACUGGCUGACCCAGAAGUAAUCUGCCAGUUCGUGGCUUUCCCUCACACCCAGCGUGAAGUGCAGCAAAAACAGGCAGAGUUCAUGCAAGUAACUCAGUUUCCCGGUGUUGUGGGAGUGAUUGAUGGCACUCAUAUAAGAAUUGUGUCUCCUCAUGUCGAUGAACAUGUAUAUGUGAACAGGAAACGCUAUCACAGCAUAAAUGUGCAAGUAGUAUUUGAUGCUCACUAUAAGAUUCUUGACAUUGUGGCAAGGUGGCCUGGCUCAGUCAACGAUGCAAGAAUACUAGAUAAGUCAGCACUCAAACUGAUGUUUGAGGAACAACAUGUACCUGCAGGAUGCUACCUUCCCGGGGACAGUGGCUAUCCCUGUAAGCAGUGGCUCCUCACUCCUUACCUUCGCCCUCAAACUGUUGCACAAGCUAAUUAUAACAGCCCCUACAAGAACCGGUCCCUGCCCCCUUUGGGCACGCUCUCCUCCCAAGGCUAA